AUGUUUCGCCUCCUUCUAAUCCCACUAUGCUGCGCCACAAUCAUUUCGGCCCGCCAGUGUCGAUUUCUGGCCGAAAUCCAGGGAUCUGAGUGCCGGACUGAGGUCAUUGGGCCAGGGAUGCAUCCGCAGCUGAAAAUCGAGGCUAAGAUCACCAAUUUACAACGAUUUACGGCUUGUAAAUUGUUGUAUGAGGUGACGAUACCACGUGGGGCCUUCUUGGAUCCGGAUUCGCUGAACUCUUCGGUGCCACAGCACAUCGUCCACGCACCCAGGCGCUUCGAUGUCGAAGCUAUAGCCGAACAUUCCGAGCCGAUGACCGUCCAUUUCUUGGCGAGGCGCGACUUCCGCAAAACUUUUGUAUUGGAGGAUUCGAUACGUAUUCCUCUCCAUCUUCGCUACCAUGUCAGCAAUUUUGGCGGUCAACCAGUUAGCGUCAGCAUUAAACAACCCAAAAUACUUAUUGAUUGCGCCGAGGACUUUGAGGCCAAUGGAUUCGCUGAAUGCACAGCCGAACUAAAGCAUAUCGAUGGCGUACCUCGACGCUCUCCAAGGUGGCUUGAAGUGCCGCCGAUAAAACGAAACUCGCCGAUUGUCAUCAAACUAAACGUUGGAAAUAAGAUGCCGCCUAGUGAUCGAUCGAUAGCUAAUAUCACAAAAGACUGU